AUGGAUUGGAUAGGAUAUUAUAUUCUUGGAGUCACUACUGCUAUUAUUGUUGUCUUCUUAAUGAUUGUGACAUUCCUUACAUGGCUCUUCAUAUCUCGUUGUUGGAAGAAUAAAUACACAGAAAGUGAAAUACCAAAUGAUCCUUUUGCUGAAGUAAAUUACACAGCAGUUCAAGAAGAUGAUGAUUUGCCAUUAAAUGGUAAUGUUUUUAAAAUUAAAGAAAAUCUUUUUAAAAAAACAAACAUAGUAGAAAUGUCAUUGAUAGACAAAAUGAACAGUGAUGAAUAUGAAAUGGUAUUGAUCACCUACCCACGCUCAUAUGAUAUAUCAAAAAUUAAACAAUUAACUUAUAACUCUAAAGGUAAAAAAAAUACUGUAGUUCCUAUGGAAAAGACUUCAUACCAAAAUGUUAUUCCAUUGGUUAAUAAUAAGAAAAAGAUGUCAGUUUCAAAACCAUUUGUUGAUGGAUUUGAAGUUAUUAUUCCUGGAGAAAAUGAAGAGCCAGAAAAAGAAGAAGACAUUGAUUUCUUUCAUUCAACAAAAGAGCCCAAAUAUCAUUUUGUUGAUUGGCGUAAUAUCACUGUUCAAAGUAAACCAGAAUGGCUAACCCUAUGUAAAAAAUCUGAGCCAAGUCUUACUAAACAAAAAGAAGUUAAACAAAAGAAAUUAUCUAAAACAGAACCUAAGAAGGAAUCAUUGAGUGAAAAAAUUAAACGUAGGAAUACAAAAAUAUCAUCAUCUUCUUCGUCUUCUUCUGACUCAGAAUAA